UGCACGGCGUCGUCUCGUUCCGGUAGGCAAUACCUUCACAUCCAUCUACCUUGCACGGCGCAGUACCUGUAGCAGCCGUCGUCCUCGUCGCCACAUUGCCGCCGCCGCUUCGCUUUGCUCCACCCCUGUCGCCGUCCGUCCAUCCCCUCCUCUCCGAUGCAUCACCCUUCGCACGUCUUCAGGGCGGAGCAGGGCGCGGGCGGAUACCACCACCACGUCGGGGACGGCGCCCUCCUCCCCGAGCUCCCGCGCAGCCCCAACUACAGCUCCAAGUCCUCCAGCAACCUCACCGUCUCCACCUUCGUGCCGCCGCUCGCCGUCGCGCAUGGAGGAGUAGCGCCCUCGUUCGGCAUGGCGCCGCCGGGGAUGGCCGCGGCGGCGGACGACGGCCGGUUCUGCCUACCGUGGGCGGCGCCGGCGGGCGCGGCGCAGUUCGAGAACUGGGGCGACUCCGGCAUCGUCGUCACCAGCCCGCUCACCGAGGCGACCUCCACCGACGUCAGCGGCGACAAGCAGCAAGCGCAAAUGGGUGGAGCCAUGACGCAGAGCGUCGCUGUCCACGUGGAUUCAUGCGCUGUGUCCAAGGAUGGAUCAAGCAGGGAUCAGAAGGUGCAGAGGAGGCUGGCGCAGAACCGCGAGGCGGCCCGCAAAAGCCGGAUGAGGAAGAAGGCGUACAUCGUGGAACUGGAGAGCAGCCGGGUUAAGCUGGCUCAGCUUGAGCAGGAGCUUCAGAGGGCAAGGCAACAGGGGAUGUUCAUUGCAAGUGGACGCGCUGGCGAUCUUGGAGGCUCCACCGGAGGCGCGUCGGCGUUCGACCUGGAGUACGCGCGGUGGCUGGACGAGCACCAGCGCCAUAUGACGGACCUCCGCGUGGCCCUGGCCGCGCCGCAGAUCGGCGACGACGACCUGCGCGUGCUGGUGGACGGCGCGAUGCUCCACUACGAGCACAUGUUCCGUCUCAAGGGCGCCGCCACCCGUGCCGACGUGUUCCACGUGCUGUCGGGGAUGUGGGCGAGCCCCGCGGAGCGCUUCUUCAUGUGGCUGGGCGGGUUCCGGUCGUCGGAGCUCCUCAAGGUGCUGGCGGGCCACGUGGAGCCGCUGACGGAGCAGCAGCUGGUGGGCAUCUGCAGCCUGCGGCAGUCGUCGCAGCAGGCCGAGGACGCGCUGUCGCAGGGGAUGGAGGCGCUGCAGCAGGCGCUGGCGGACACGCUCGCCGCCGCGGCGGCCGCCGGCGCCGGGGCCGGGGCGGCGGACAGCGUGACCAACUACAUGGGGCAGAUGGCCGUGGCCAUGGGCAAGCUCGCCACCGUGGAGAACUUCCUCCGGCAGGCGGACCUGCUCCGGCAGCAGACGCUGCAGCAGAUGCGCCGGAUCCUGACCACGCGGCAGGCGGCGCGCGCGCUGCUCGUCGUCAGCGACUACUUCUCCCGGCUCCGAGCGCUCAGCUCCCUCUGGCUCACGCGGCCAAGGGACUGACUGACUGAUCGGGUGGGCGGUGGACAGGCGUGUUCAAUGCGGCGUCUGUACCGUGGAUGAGAGAUUGUGGAGGUGAAAAGCGUUUGGGUUCGUCCGAAAUUGGAGAUUAGGGGUGCGUUUGGUUCUGGGGUCGAAGUGGGUUGGGUUAGAGCCGACCCCCUUCGAUCCCUGUUUGGUUGCAAAGAAGUGUGGGUUGGAUCCAACCCACAUAGGAAUAUUCCUA